AGUCCCUAUUUGGAACUGCUCUCGCGGCAGUUCAUACCUCGUGCUCGUCCCCCUCGGUUGUCUGUGUGUGGUAUCUGCAAGGUCCGGGCACUUUUUUUUUUUUUUUGGUGUGUGUAUGAGUGUGUGUCUGGUGUGUGUGUCGGGGUGUGUGUUUUGAGUGUUUGUCAGGGCGCGGAGAGAAAAGCUGGGCCGCGGAGAAAGAAGGAAGCCGUAGAUCUCUUCGGUCUCAGGCUGCGUCUCCAGUCCAGCGCUCUCCAGUCUGCGCGCACCCAGGCGGCGGCAGCAGAGUCGAGUGCUCCUUGCUGGGAACCCGGCGCUCAAGCUGGAAGAGCGAGGACCCCUUUGCGGAGGCUUCGCGUGUCUGCUGGAGUUAGGAUACCAGAACGGUUGAUUUGUAUCUACUGAGCUCGGAGUUUUCUGCACCGCUUUGCGAAGAGCCAGAGGCGGCGGCAGCGGCGGCAGCAGCAGACGGAACAGCAGGCUCUUCUCUCCGAGGGGGGGCGUCGAAGCGCCCGCGCCCGGCUCCCGCCCUCACCCUCCGGCGCUCUCGCGGCCCCAAACCGCCACCUUGGUGCCUGUCUCCUUCCUCUUCCUCCACGCCGCGAGCCCGGGGCCCGACCGCCUCUGGGUUAGGACUAGUGCGUCCCGGAUGCUGGGGCUGCUGCCCCUGCGCUCCCCGUUCUCGGCGCGACGGGCUGAGUGAUCCGAAGGGAGCUUUCGCUCGCCUCUGGAGAGGCCCCCGGCUUUGGGACCCGGCGCUGGACCCGCUGGGGAGACGACGAUGUCCGUGCAGUCCCCAGCUCUGACGCGCUCGACGCAGCCCGGGGAAGGCGGCCGACCGCAGCCCGCCGAGCCCUAGGCGCACAAAGCCCGUGCUUGCCUGCCUGCCCGGCCUCGGCGCCCGCCGACGACUUCGCUGCCUGCUCCGCGGUUCUUUGUCUUCACUUGGGGCGGGCGCCCGACUCUGGGAUUUCGCUGCGAGAGCGGGCUGGGGGGGCCGGGGGCGAGCUCCCGCUUUCCCGGCCGCCCCCCGCUCGGGUUCGGCUCCCCCCUCCCCCGCACCUCCCUGGCCCGAGCUCUCGGCGCUUCCAAGCUCUCAGAAUCACGACCCCUCCCUGCCAUGUAUCCGCAAGGCAGACAUCCGGCUCCCCAUCAACCCGGGCAGCCGGGAUUUAAAUUCACAGUGGCCGAGUCUUGUGACAGAAUCAAAGACGAGUUCCAGUUCCUGCAAGCUCAAUAUCACAGCCUUAAAGUGGAAUACGACAAGCUGGCAAACGAGAAGACGGAGAUGCAGCGCCAUUACGUGAUGUAUUAUGAGAUGUCCUACGGCUUGAACAUUGAAAUGCACAAGCAGACAGAGAUCGCGAAGAGACUGAACACCAUUUUAGCGCAGAUCAUGCCUUUCCUGUCACAAGAGCACCAGCAGCAAGUGGCACAGGCGGUGGAACGCGCCAAGCAGGUCACCAUGACGGAACUGAACGCCAUCAUCGGGCAACAGCAACUCCAGGCGCAGCAUCUCUCCCACGCCACGCACGGCCCCCCGGUUCAGCUACCACCCCACCCGUCGGGCCUCCAGCCUCCAGGGAUACCCCCAGUGACGGGGAGCAGCUCAGGGCUGCUGGCACUUGGUGCCCUGGGCAGCCAGGCCCACCUGACAGUGAAGGACGAGAAGAACCACCCUGAACUUGACCACAGAGAGAGAGAAUCGAGUGCGAACAACUUGGUGUCACCGUCGGAAAGCCUGCGGGCUAGUGAGAAGCACCGGGGAUCCACAGACUACAGUCUGGAAGCCAAGAAACGGAAAGCAGAGGAAAAGGACAGUCUAAGCCGAUACGACAGUGAUGGGGACAAGAGUGAUGAUCUCGUGGUGGAUGUUUCCAAUGAGGACCCAGCGACGCCCCGGGUCAGCCCUGCACACUCUCCUCCUGAAAACGGGCUGGACAAGGCCCGUGGCCUGAAAAAGGACGCGCCCACCAGCCCCGCCUCGGUGGCCUCUUCUAGCAGCACACCUUCCUCCAAGACCAAAGACCUUGGUCAUAAUGACAAAUCCUCUACCCCUGGGCUCAAGUCCAACACGCCAACCCCGCGCAACGAUGCCCCAACUCCAGGCACCAGCACGACCCCUGGGCUCCGGUCGAUGCCGGGCAAACCUCCAGGCAUGGACCCGCUAGGUAUAAUGGCCUCCGCCCUGCGCACUCCCAUCUCCAUCACCAGCUCCUACGCGGCACCCUUCGCCAUGAUGAGCCAUCACGAUAUGAACGGCUCUCUCACCAGCCCUGGUGCCUAUGCCAGCCUCCACAACAUCCCCCCGCAGAUGAGCGCAGCUGCAGCCGCCGCCGCCGCCGCCUAUGGCAGAUCGCCAAUGGUUGGUUUUGACCCCCACCCCCCCAUGCGGGCCACAGGCCUGCCCUCCAGCCUUGCUUCCAUUCCUGGUGGAAAACCAGCAUACUCGUUCCACGUGAGCGCCGAUGGGCAGAUGCAGCCGGUGCCCUUCCCCCACGAUGCCCUAGCAGGCCCCGGCAUCCCCAGGCAUGCCCGCCAGAUCAACACCCUGAGCCACGGGGAGGUUGUCUGUGCUGUCACCAUCAGCAACCCCACGCGGCACGUCUACACGGGUGGCAAGGGCUGCGUGAAGAUCUGGGACAUCAGCCAGCCAGGCAGCAAGAGCCCCAUCUCCCAGCUGGACUGCUUGAACAGGGACAACUAUAUCCGCUCCUGCAAACUGCUCCCCGACGGCCGUACACUUAUUGUCGGCGGUGAGGCCAGCACACUCACCAUCUGGGACUUGGCCUCGCCCACGCCCCGCAUCAAGGCCGAGCUGACGUCCUCUGCGCCUGCCUGCUACGCCCUGGCCAUCAGCCCUGAUGCCAAAGUCUGUUUCUCCUGCUGCAGCGAUGGGAAUAUUGCCGUCUGGGACCUGCACAACCAGACCCUGGUCAGGCAGUUCCAGGGCCACACAGACGGGGCCAGCUGCAUAGACAUCUCGCACGAUGGUACCAAGCUUUGGACAGGGGGUCUGGACAACACCGUGCGCUCCUGGGACCUGCGGGAGGGUCGGCAACUGCAGCAACAUGACUUCACCUCCCAGAUCUUCUCUCUGGGGUACUGCCCCACCGGGGAGUGGCUGGCCGUGGGCAUGGAGAGCAGCAACGUGGAGGUACUGCACCACACGAAGCCUGACAAGUACCAGCUCCACCUACACGAGAGCUGCGUGCUCUCCCUCAAGUUCGCCUACUGCGGCAAGUGGUUUGUGAGCACUGGGAAAGAUAACCUCCUCAACGCCUGGAGGACACCUUACGGAGCCAGCAUCUUCCAGUCGAAAGAAUCCUCGUCUGUCUUGAGUUGUGACAUUUCGGCGGAUGACAAAUAUAUUGUAACGGGAUCUGGUGACAAGAAGGCCACAGUUUAUGAGGUCAUCUACUAAACAAGGACUCUAACAGGGCUGUCAAACUCUGGGAGAAACAGACAGUGAGACCCCGGGCACGGGGCCCCCAGAGGAUGUGGAGGAUGGGCCGCGAGCAGCCGCGCGUUCCAGGCUGCGCCCCUGCAGGCUGCGAGGGCACUCGCCCGUCACGGUUGGGCUCCUGGUAUGGAUUGACAAGGCUCACAGACUCAGCUGAUCGCCUCCUCCUCCCCUACCAAUCCUGGCAGAUGUUACAAAUAGAGUGUCUGGAGGCUCCGGCUCCCC